AUGAACGUCAGAAAUUUCUUUCGGUGGCUCUAUGAGCAAUUGUAUAAUUACAAUAUUUUCACUCCUGAUGAAAAUGACUAUGAAGAUGAUGAUGACGAAGCCAGAGAUCCUGUCCUGACCUUUAAGCAACAGCGGUAUGCUACGCGUUUAUACCUUCUUCUUUUGCUCAUCAUCUUCUAUAUCCUAUUCUUCGCUGCUUUUAUCAGCCCACAAACACGCUUGAUCACUGCAUCUGACAUAACUCCAUCGCUCUUCGAUCGGCUGCAACAAAAUCAUGCAGAUACAUUAAGUUGCCCUUGCUCCACAACUACUAUCAUUUACAAUGAUCUUGUUUCCAACACGGUUGCCCUUCAUCCUUUGUGUUCGAGUAUCUUUGUUAGUCAACAAUGGAUUGAAGCACUUUAUAUCGCAAACGCUAGUGCAUACGUAGUGAUGGACUUUCGAACAACAGCCAAAUCACAAUUUGAACUUCUUGCUGGAAUCUGUCAGUUCGCUCAGAAGAUACUCUCUCAAGUUCAGUCUGAUUUUAAUAACAGUCAACUGAUUUCAAUCGAACUUCUAUCCGAAAAUGAAGUUCAAUCUCAAAUUAAUGCCAAUUAUAAUCUAAUGAAGACUAGUGCACCUAUUCAACCCAAUCUAUUUCUUCAUUUCUUGCAAAUAACAACUCGAUUGAACGGUCUUGUUUCAGCUCUGAAUACAAAUGCAGCUAUUAGUGUCACUUGCUUAUGGGGCUAUUCACUCUCAUCAAGCUCUACAUACUAUGUCGACGAUGCCACUUUUCGCUAUUAUAUUAGAAUAAAACCAUGUAAUAUCAUCAACUCCAGAUAUCCAGCUGGUUUCUAUACAAUGACAUAUGAGGAAAGCGCAUCUUCUCAUAUGUUUUGGCCUAUAGUAAUGGGUAUAAAAACUAGAGAUGAUUUGCCCCAAGAUGCUUCGGCCACGGUCGAUGGAUUUUUCGGAGCAUGUAAUCCAUUCGAUGCACUGCUGGCUGGCACGUUCAGUUGCCUUUAUAAUACAACUUGUCUUCAUUCACUUACCGAUUAUUUUCCACUUCUCAGCCAAAGGAACUUGAGCCGAAUCAGUGCUCUUCCAUCAUCAAAAUCGUCAAUUCCUUCUUUAGAUGAUUAUUUAGAUAAUUUAUUAAUAGAAGAAUGGUCAACAACAAUUGAUUACUGGAGAUAUUUUGCUAAAUGUAAUCCAAAGAUCUGCACAUAUACUGAAACAGAUCAUACAAACAUUGCUUACAUGUUCACUCUUCUGCUCAGUCUGUAUGGUGGACUGGUUAUUAUACUUCAUCUAAUUGCAAGUUGGUUGAUAAAUAUUGUAUUCAUUUUCAAGUUUCGUUCAGAAAAUCGUAAUUGUAGCAGAGCACAUAUUUUUGCUCGUAUUCAAAAGUUUGUUCAAUGGGCACAACAUUUGAAUAUGUUCAAAUCUAUCAAUCAACGAACGCCAGCUGACAUCAAACAGCAACGUAUUACUACACGCGUUUAUCUAGUUUUAUUGGCAGUUUCAUUUAUCAUUCUGUUCCUGUUCAAUUCAUUAAGCACGCAAACAACAACAAUCAAUGUGCCCGAUCCGGACUUAGAUGAGUAUCAGAGUCUGCAGAAUCUUCAUUCCAACACACUUGAAUGUCAUUGUUCGAAUAUAGUCAUGUAUUAUCAAACGUUUAUAUCGUUAAAUCCAACAUUACAUCAAGUGUGUUCGAGUCAUUUCGUUAGUGAAGAAUGGCUAUUAAUGAUGAGACUCGUGAAUUAUUUGGGCGAUGAUUAUCUUUAUAGAUCUGGCGCCCAAUUCGUUCAACUUCUAACCUCACUCUGUGGACUUGCUAAUGAAACGAUUGACGAUGCUAUACGUCGUUUCACUAUGCGAUCUCUUGUCACAUCAAAUCUACUGUCUGAAUUACAAUUUAAUGCAACAAUAAAUACAACUAUCAAUCAGUUUACUCAAUCGUUGACUCUCAACUUCGAUCGUCUCAUUGAUACAGUAAGAUUGAUCACUCAAGUCGAUCAGCCUUUUACAACUCCAGAUAUAUAUGCCAGGACCUUGUCGUUAAAAACUACAACAAAUAAUUGUUCAAAUUUACAGAUGCCGAAGUUGUCAAUCCGUCUGAAUGGUUUGACUAACUACACUGAAACGUCGGUUAUUUGCACGUGUGUAACUAAUUCUCAAUGUCAAAAAUCUGCUUUAUUGUUCGAUUAUGUGCAAGUCAUGAUUGGCGAUACUCUUAUUGAUGGGUCCUAUUCCAUACCGGGCUUGGUCAUCACUUGUUUCAUGCUAGAUUCAUUUCUACUCUCGACACUUGAAUGUUAUUAUUCGGAACUAUGCCUAGGAUUGUUACGAUAUCAAGUUAAUAUAACAAUGGACACUCAAUCAACCGACUUCGGCCUAGAAAGAUCCAUGAUUUAUCCACUUAUUUAUCAAACAAAUUCGCAUUCCUUCGCUCCGAACACGUCUCUUGAAGUCAUCGUCAAGCAAAUGAUGAUAGAACAAUGGAACUCAGCUUUUUACUACAAUCGUUACUAUAACGCAUGUAAACCAUCCUUUUGCAAAUACUCUCAAAUAGCACAUGCGCAGAGUUAUGCUGAAAUUGUCAUAACAUUAGUGUCUGCAACAAGUGGUCUUACCGUUGCACUGCGCUUGAUCACAUCCCAGCUGAUUAGGUUUGUCUUUCAUUUGCUUGCACCAAAAUCUAAAAGAACCAAAGUUCAUCAAAAACUGUCCGUUCGAGUCAAACUGCUAUGGAAAAGUCUGAUUAACUUUGUCUCUGCCAAACUGGUCGACUUGAAUUUGUUCACGCGAGAAAAUUUUGGAGCAAAUACUGACCGAUUGACGCGCAAACGACUUGGUCGGGUGACUACUCGACUGUACUUAGCUGUUAUUAUCAGCUGUUUAAUUGUUUUUAUACUUCAGACAAUCGCCCAGCCACAUAUUUUGACAAAAACGUUCGACAAACCAUCGCGCGCAGUUUAUAAUGAUCUUUUAACUGGGCGCAACAAUACUCUCAAAUGUUUUUGUUCAUCAAUCUCAUUAAUCUAUGAUCAAUAUCUCAGUGUACAGCCCGUGCUACAUCCGAUUUGUACGAGCCCAUUUGUUACGGAUGAUUGGCGCAAAAACUUUACAGCCGAUCUGCCAUCAGAUAUAUCUGCGUACGAUCGUAGUGAUUACCGACGCUUUCUUGUAGCACAUUUACAAUUUCUGACGCGAUUAUGCAGUGUUUCUAAGCAGUCAGUCGAUGAUUCUAUUCGCCAGUUACUCACGUCACCCUUUAUCAAUACUCAACUACAAUCAACCACAGCUCUUCAAACACAUAUCGAUUCGUUGGUGGGAAAGACCAAAACCAGUGCUUCUGCAGAUUUUGCCCGUCUUCUCUUUUUACUUCGGAAUACCAAUCACGGAAAUGCAAUUAUCUCAUCGUAUGAAAGCAAUUUCAAAUACUACUUUCCACCGUUGAUCAAUACAACAGAGGAACACACUCAAGAAACAAUUAUGUCCUUGGCAUUGACAGAACCUUUAAUCUACGAUAAUAACUGUUCCUGUGCGUUUCAUGCAAAUUGCACAGCCCAAGCAACUGUUUUUGAUCCACAUUCAUCGGACUUUAUUCCAGUGAAAGGACUAAAAAUAGGUUGCACACCAAGCGAAUCGUUUCUUGUUUCGACUCUCGAAUGUUUCUACGAUUUAUCGUGCAUUGCGUUGAUUCGAGGAAAAUCUCUCGAUACUGUGAACAUCAAUGCGACAGGUUCAAGGCGAUUUCUGCCAAAUACAACGGUCAUCGAUCUUGUCAAUGAUCUUUUCAUCGAUAGUUGGGUGACAACGCUCAACUACUCAGCAUACUACGAUUAUUGUUCACCCGUAUCAUGCUCAUACACUUAUAUCCAGCGCCUCAACUCCUUCUAUACAGUAACUCUCAUCCUUGGUUUUAAUGGCGGUGUUAGCGUCGUUCUCAAAUGGAUCUGUCCAAAAAUAGUGUACUUUCUGUUCAUUCUCUAUCAGUAUCGAAAGAAACGAUCGAAUCGCGUUACUACAGUACAUAUUACUCAUGGAAUGUUAACAGCUAAUAUUGAACCUAUACAUAGUUCAGACGCUAUUACCAGUGUCAAUUAUAAAUCGACAGGUUCAAUAACUGAGCAAGUGUUCUGUUUCAUGCAUACUAAUAAUAGUAGAUAA